ACGGAGCUCAGCUCAGCGAGAGGCUUCCAGAGCGACACCAUGUCUCUGUACCGCAACUCCGCCUGGUUCCUGAAGGGAAUGACUGAGUUCACCAGGAAUGCAUUCUUGUCAGCCUCCAAGCGCUUUGUGGAGAAGGACCUGGAUGUGUCUGUGGCUGGACGCUCCUUCAUGAUAACAGGAGCCAACAGUGGCAUUGGGAAAGCCACCACCAUGGCCAUUGCUAAGAAAGGUGGAACGAUCCACAUGGUGUGUAGGAACAAGGACAAGGCCGAGGAGGCGAGGGCUGAUAUUGUCAAGGAGACAGGAAAUAAAGAGGUCUACGUCCACAUCCUCGACCUGUCUGAGACCAAGAAGGUCUGGGAGUUUGCUGAGGCCUUCAAGAGAAAGUACAAGACCCUAAAUGUACUGAUCAACAACGCAGGCUCCAUCAUGAGUCAGAGGGAUGUGAAUGCUGAGGGGUUUGAGAAGAGCUUCGCCACCAAUGUCCUUGGGGUUUACAUUCUCACCAAGAGCCUCAUUCCUUUGCUGGAGAAGAGCACAGAUCCCAGAGUGAUCACAGUGUCAUCAGGGGGAAUGUUGGUGCAGAAGCUCAGGACAGGAAACCUGCAGUCUGAGAGAGGCCGCUACGACGGCACCAUGGUCUACGCCCAGCACAAAAGGCAGCAGGUGGUGAUGACAGAGCAGCUGGCAAAGACUCACACAAACAUCCACUUCUCCGUCAUGCAUCCUGGCUGGGUGGACACUCCAGCGGUGGCCAACGCCAUGCCAGACUUCCAUCGCUCCAUGAAGGACAGUCUGCGGACCCCGGAGCAGGGGGCUGACACCGUGGUGUGGCUGGCUGUCUCUGAGGCCGCAACCACAAAUCCUAGUGGACGCUUCUAUCAGGACCGAAAGAUGGUGUCCACCCAUCUGCCCCUGGCCUGGACCCACAGCUCGCCCUUGGAGGAGCAGAAGUUAAUGUCUCUGUUGGAGGAACUGGCCAAGACGUUCCAGCCACACUGAGACAGCAGGAAACCCAGUACCAGCACACCACCGACACUAACACCAUCAGUUUAUACUGACCGAGGCUGGGCUCCAGAAUGGACCUGCUUCUGUUUUCCCAAAAGCAUUUGGAGUGUUAGAAUCAGUUUUGGUCGCUGGCUUUAAGAGGAACGAAUGGAAACCCAACCCAGCAGACUAAACUCACCUAUAACUGAGGGAUCAGUGUGAUCAGUGUGAACGCUUUGAACUAUUUAUAUGAUCAAUACAUUUUCUUAUUUGUGAGCUGUGCUUUUUAGGGACUAACACCUCUGUGGCUUAAACCUUUAUCCUGAGUGUUUGAUAGUGAC